GCGUCAGACGAGGCGCUUCGCCGGGUCGGCACUUCGAUCGCCCGACCGCGCACCGCAAGAUGUUGCGGGCAGCCCCGCGCCUGUUGCGGACCUUCUGCACGAGCUCCGCGGCAUACCAGCAUAAGCUAAAGCUAGCCCUUAUUGGUCAAAGCAUUUUUGGACAAGAAGUUUAUAACAAGCUCAGGAAAGAGGGCCAUAAAGUUGUGGGAGUUUUCACAGUGCCUGACAAGAAUGGACAAGCUGAUCCUUUGGCACUGGCAGCAGAGAAGGAUGGCACUCCUGUUUUUAAAUUUCCCAGAUGGAGAGCUAAAGGCAAGCCUAUCCAGGAAGUAAUUGCAGCCUACAAAUCAGUUGGAGCAGAGCUCAAUGUCCUUCCAUUCUGUACACAGUUCAUCCCAAUGGAUGUCAUUGACUGCCCAAAACAUGGCUCAAUUAUUUACCAUCCAUCCAUCCUACCACGCCACCGAGGAGCUUCUGCAAUCAACUGGACUUUAAUUCAAGGAGAUAAGAAAGCAGGAUUUACAAUUUUUUGGGCUGAUGAUGGUUUGGACACUGGACCCAUACUUCUGCAGCGAGAAUGUGAUGUUGGCCAAAAUGAUACUGUGGAUGAUCUGUAUAACCGGUUUCUCUUCCCAGAAGGAGUAAAGGCUAUGGUGGAAGCUGUGCAUCUAAUUGCUGAUGGUAAGGCGCCUCGUAUACCUCAGCCGAAAGAAGGGGCAACAUACGAAGGGAUCCAGAAAAAGGAAAAUGCAGAGAUCUCCUGGGAUCAACCUGCAGCAGCUUUGCACAACUGGAUCCGAGGGCAUGAUAAAGUACCUGGAGCAUGGGCAACAAUAGAUGACCAGGUGGUCACUUUUUAUGGCUCAUCACUGCUUGAUGCUUCAGUGCCUGCUGGACAAGAGCUGGCAAUAAGAGGUGCUUCAAGACCUGGACUUGUAACCAAGAGUGGUCUAGUCAUUUUUGGUAAUGACGGGAAGAUGGUACUAGUGAGAAAUCUGCAGUUUCAGGAUGGAAAAAUGAUCCCUGCUUCUAAAUACUUCUCUGCUGAUGAAACAACUACCCUGGAACUUACAGAAGAGGAGAAAAAGAUGGCAGAAGAUAUUAAGGCUAUUUGGAAAGGAAUUUUGAGCAAUGUUCCUGUAAUAGAAGAUUCCACAGACUUCUUCAAAUCUGGAGCAUCCUCUAUGCAUGUUGUCAGAAUGCUAGAAGAGAUCAAACAGAAAUACAGCGGGCUUCAGCUUCAGAAUGAAGAUGUAUAUAUGGCCACUAAGUUUGCAGACUUUAUUCAAAUGGCUGUCAGAAAACUCAGAGGAGAGAAUGGGGAAGAAGAGUUGGUCAUUGAUUACGUUUCAAAAAAUGUGAACAAUAUGACUGUGAAUAUGCCAUACCAGUGUUUCAUUAACGGUCAAUUUGUCAAUGCUGAUGAUGGAAAAACAUAUGAUACCAUAAAUCCAACAGAUGGAUCAGUAAUUGCCAGUGUAUCUUCUGCUUCCUUGGCUGACGUUGACAGAGCAGUGGCAGCAGCAAAAGAGGCAUUUGAAAAUGGUGAAUGGGGAAGAAUGAAUGCAAGGGAAAGAGGGCGACUCAUGUACAAGCUUGCAGACCUAAUGGAAGAACAUCAAGAAGAGUUAGCAACUAUAGAGUCUAUCGAUUCAGGAGCCGUCUACACUUUAGCUUUGAAGACCCACAUUGGAAUGUCCGUACAAACUUUCAGAUACUUUGCUGGAUGGUGUGACAAGAUUCAGGGUGCUACAAUUCCAAUUAACCAGGCCCGGCCAAACCAUAAUCUAACAUUCACCAAGAAAGAGCCAAUAGGUGUCUGUGCAAUUGUUAUCCCUUGGAAUUACCCACUGAUGAUGCUUGCAUGGAAGAGUGCAGCAUGCUUGGCUGCAGGCAACACACUGGUUCUCAAGACAGCUCAGGUCACACCUCUGACUGCCUUGAAGUUUGCAGAACUCUCAGCUAAAGCUGGAUUUCCUAAGGGUGUUAUAAAUAUACUGCCUGGUUCAGGUGGCUUAGUGGGACAGCACUUGUCUAAACAUCCAGAUGUUCGCAAAGUUGGCUUCACUGGUUCUACACCGACUGGUAAAGAGAUCAUGAAAAGUGCAGCCACUAAUCUGAAGAAAGUUUCUCUUGAACUUGGCGGUAAAUCACCAUUGAUCAUAUUCAAUGACUGUGAACUUGACAAAGCUGUAAAAAUGGGUAUGGGAGCAGUAUAUUUCAACAAAGGUGAAAACUGCAUUGCUGCUGGCAGGCUGUUUGUGGAGGAGUCAAUACAUGACGAAUUUGUUAGAAAAGUGGUGGAAGAAAUAAAAAAGAUGAAAAUCGGUGACCCACUUGAUAGAUCAACAGAUCAUGGCCCACAGAAUCACAAAGCUCAUCUGGAAAAGCUGCUGAAGUAUUGUGAAACUGGAGUAAAAGAAGGAGCCACUCUAGUGUAUGGAGGAAGACAAGUACGUAGACCAGGUUACUUCAUGGAACCCACUGUAUUCACAGAUGUUGAAGACCAUAUGUAUAUUGCUCAGGAAGAAUCCUUUGGUCCUGUGAUGGUGAUUUCCAAAUUUAAAAAUGGGGAUAUCGAUGGAGUGCUGCAACGGGCAAACACCACAGAAUAUGGUCUAGCUUCAGGAGUUUUCACAAAAGACAUAAGCAAAGCUCUCUAUAUCAGUGAAAAGCUGGAAGCCGGAACAGUUUUUAUUAAUACAUACAACAAAACUGACGUGGCAGCACCAUUUGGUGGAUUUAAACAGUCUGGCUUUGGAAAAGAUUUAGGUGAAGAAGCUCUUCAUGAAUAUCUUAGAACAAAGGCUGUCACUGUGGAAUAUUAACAGCCUCACUUGGAAAGUAAACUUCUGGCAGUUUUAAUCUUAAAGGCUCCAUGAAGCACUUAAUACCACGCCUGGGAUACGCCAUCUGCAGUGCUCCAACUAAAGAACAAAUACACUCAUUCCACAGAUAAUUUCUUUAAAUCAGGUCCAAAUUUUAGUCUCACUGAAAGACAAAAGCAUUUGGCAAUUAGCGUGACACGACAUAAAUGAUCCAGCAACAGUAGCAGUGGUUACCACGAGCCAAAAAAAAAGAAAAACGUAGCUUGGCUUAUUUUUAAAAAAUACAACUGAAUAGAAAGUUCUCACUUGCCUACUUCUUACUUGUGUGACCAUAUUUACACGAACAUUUGAAACUUAGGUUUCUUCUAAAAUUGAACUAAAACAUGCACGAGGUCAUUUUUGCUAUAAACUGGUUCAAAUUUUACAGUAGCAACUUUACAUUCUGCUCUGGUGAUUCGUCAGCAGUACAGAAAACCUUUGUGCCAUAAGAAAGAAGUACAUCAAUGCAAGGAAGUGCACUUACUAUGAUCUUUGUAUAGCACAUACAGAGUUCAACAUCCGUAUUAACUAUGCAUACCAAGCUAAAGUUACUGAAAAUAUUUUCUAUCUUUUUGUUGAAAUGGAAGGUGUGAUCAGCCUGCAAGCUGAAAAGGGGCUACAUUAAAAGAUUAAAAUCACUUUGUGCAGACGGACUGUUAUCGCUGUUUCAUAGGGCAUGACUAUUACUUUGUAUUUCCUAUUUCUUUCUUUUUUAAAUCUAUGGAAAAACCUCUUGUAAAAUGAUUAAGACUUUGGCUUUCAAACUUUCUUCAGUUUAAAGUUUUCCAUGCAGGUCAAGACCUUACCCAACAAACAGACUGUACUUAAGGCUGUUUGCUCUUCCUACGCUGUACCUCCACCUAAAGUUUAAUCUGAUCUCUGGGCUGCCAUUAGAAACAGCAGUCCCACCUCCUGAUUCCCAUUCUUCCUCUUUCUUCUGUGACUUAAUCAGCUGAUUCCAAUAAAUUGUACCCCUCUUCCAUUUUUAAGAAGCUAUACUGCGAGAAAAAAAAAGAAUCCAUGUAAUUUCUCAUCACAAACACUACUGAAACAGGUCUUAAAAAGAAAAGUUUAGAAUAUUGGAUUGGAAACAAGUUGUGUACAUAGCUGCAGGUUUCAGUUCAUUAUUUUUUAAUAUUUGAACAAGUAUAAUACAGAAAAUAUUAAUGAUGUAGCAAAUAGGAAGUAGUACUUUAAGAAACAACCUGCGAUACGCAGGAGCAUCACAGAUACUUUUGAAACAUGAAACAAUCUCAGCAGCCCAAAUCAUUGUAUUUCAUCAAUCUGAGGUAAGUACAAAUGAGACAUACUUUCACUGAUUAUGGUUUCACAAUUGUUUCAAGCUAGCCUGAGGAGAGGCCAACUGAAAACUGGCUUUUUGAUUCGUCUGGUAGUGACAGUUAACAAAACAGAAAGAGCAGAAAUGUGGUAGAUAAAGCAGGAGAUGAGAAGUGUGGCUUAGUGCAACUGUAACAUCACAGAGGUGGACUUGACCCAAGUACCACAGGUAUUUACACAAACACUGCAGAUAGGAGAUAGCUCAGAGAACAGCAGCAACCUAUCUGUAACUCAGUGCAAGCCAAGAAGCAUAAGUAAUCCUUUGUUGAACUCUUUCAAGUCAUGGCUUAUUAAAGUGUUAUCCUUACCCAUGCUACCUCAUCUUGAAACAGCCUCAGCUGCUGCUUUGGUAUUCAGCAGUUACUAUCAUGAGUGCAACAUACACACAACUUCUCAUGUACUUUAAGGUAACAUUUAAUAUUGAAGACAUUGUACAUUAACACUUUACAGGACAUAAUAAAAAACAGUUUUUUCGUUGUCAUUUCUUUCCUGCCCUCGAAGCAAAACUUCAUUCUAAGCACACUACAAAAAUCUUUCUUCAACAAAUGAAGAGAAGAAUUUACUUAACUAGCACUGCAGUACGCCUUUCUGCUCAAUAGUCUCAACUUGUAGCUGCUUUUAGUCCAACUUCACAAGGAAGCUUGGAAUUUCCCUGUUGUUUGACGAAUAAGACAUUACUUAAUUCUUCAGAGGUGUGGCUCACUUCAGAGUCGAGUGGAUCCUGAGAACUCCACCACGUAAACGAUAGCAUUUCAUGGGAUCCUGGGGAAUCUCACAAUGUGAAACAAGGCCGUUUAAGGGUGAAGUCUUCAAAGUAAGAAAAUGUGGUUUGCUUUUUUUUUUUUUUUUUUUAAUAUAAUAAAAAUGGGUUCACUCAUUCA